AAGGAUUGGAUAAAUUGAAAAUUUGACCGGAUGAUGGCAAAUUUCGUGACAUGAGUCAAAAGGGGAAGUAACUCAACAAACAAGGCCUGAAUGCUUUCAGCUGCCCAGUAUUACAAAAGGGUUUAUUUAAAGAGGCGAUGAAGCCAGGAGUGUGUUCAGCUUGAACUGUGGCAAUACAGCAGUGAAGCCUAUGUAAUGUCUGCUGAGCAGAACCCACGGUACCCACAGGUGACAAUUACGGGAUAACGUUAAAUGUACAAACAUGGCGUAAGUAGAAAAGAUUCAAAGUCAGCAGACUGACUCAGUUACGUCUGUUUCGCAACAAUAUCUACCUAAGUUUGCUAACUUUAGCCUCCAGAAGCUACUGGUCAUGGCAGACAGAGCAAGGCUGCAGAUGCAACACCCCUGAGUGUACUGAACUGAGAAAAGGUGUGAUUUAUUCCUUUAGAGCUUCACUUUUAGCUUGUAAGAAAAACAAUGUGCUGCUUCUUCAACUAAAAUUACAUAGCCUCGCUUUAAAGUGACACUACGCAACCUUUGCUGACCAGCAGCCACUGUGGCCACAAGGGACGGUUAUGGGAUAACAGUAAAUGCUAAAAUACAGCGUGACAGUUGCACAAGUACGUUAUAUAUGAGUAAGUAUGUAUGACAAGUAGUCAUGAUGUCGGGAAACAAACGCAGUGAUUUUUGUAGAAAUAUCAGUAUUAGCAGUGAUCAUACCCGAGCAGGCUUUUCACUGUGGGCUCUUCCUUCUUUCAAAAGUCAGAGUCUCACUUUAAAGUAUUUGUAUCUUUCUCUGGCUCAUCUGUACUUUUAUCGGACGUUUGGUGUGUCUUUAUUACCCCGUAAAGCAAACUGAAUUGCAUGAGUAUAUGAAACGUGCUGUGCAGAUAAACGUGCAUUGCCUGUAGCAGAUAGCAGUCAGGGUCAUAGCUGGAUUUUAAGUAACCUGAGGUUAUGAGUCCAGGAGACUGUGAAAAGAUCUACACUAUGAAUAUUUUUCCAUGUUUUAACUUUUUUUAAAAAAUUAAUUUAAAUCUAGUUGUAUGUCCUCAGUUUCCCUACUAAAAGCUGCUUUCUACAAAUCCAAAUCCACUCUGCCAGGAAUAAACUGUGGUGGGAAAAACAUUUAAAUUGACAUUUUUAUUCAUUAAAUGUAUUUCUACACUGUUUUUAGCCCAACUAUUGCAAAAUUUAAGCAUACCGAAUAUGUAAUUCAGUUUAGUUUUAUUUAUAUGGCACCAAAUCACACCUUUUACACCAACUAUUAAAAAAAAAAUCCACCACUUGUAUCUUUAAAUUAACAAUUCAGCAAAUGGAAGUCUGGAGUGAGGGCUGAAUAUCCUUCAUGAGGUGUUAGUAGAUGCCCACGUGGACUCUGACAGCUGAAGGUCCUGCAGAUGUGUGACAGUAUCGUACAGUAUUAAACAUCUGGAAAACUCCCUAAAACACCCCUAAUGUUUUGUGUAUUAAUUACAUUUCAAUCAUGUAUUUCCUGUUCAUCUAACAGUACUUCUGCACAUGGAUCCUUUUGUUUUUCUGCGGUCUGUUCUAUUAUGGGGGAAAUUGUUUGCACACAGCUUGAUGACAGUAAGCAAGCAGUGUCAUGAGUCACUGCCUGAACCAGUGUCAUAUUUGUGGCUUUUCACUGUGCAGCCACAUUAUUUCAUGCUCUUCACUCAGUAAACUGCUCAACUCCCUGUUACAGUGAGCAUUCUGCGCACAGCACGUCUGAGCAACAGGGAAGCUUGUUUUAUAUCGUUGGCACUUUACAAGCAGAAUCCUGGUUAUCAUGUAAGUGAAGCCUAUAAAAGUGCCAUAUUCUCAGAGAGAAGGGGGCGAUUUGUCUGGACGCACGAAUGAAUGACUUGUGACAAACAGUGGACAGUUUGGUGAACAGCUCGAAAAGCACUUCCUCAAAACACCAUCAAACCAGACGAACUUUACACCGCUGGACCUUGUUGUCCCACCUUUGAAACUUCGGUUCAGAUAAUAUUUAACAGCACAGCCAGAGUAUCGCAUAACUUCAGUGUUCCCCGCGUGCGCAGCUGGCUGGAUCGAUGGAGUUGUGAUUUGGACGGAUAUUGGUUCAACACUCCACCAAAGCGCAGAAACAAUGGUUGGUGCUGUUUUGUUUAUACUCACUUGUCGUUGUUGUGAUGGGUUUUGCUCCACAAGGAGAUCUUCGGAGCGCUUUUCUCACUUUUGUCCGUUCACUCCUGAUCAGGUCUCCGUCGGGAAGGUGCUCCUCGGAGUCUUCGGGGUAGCAGUCGUCGUCGUCUUGAUAGCGGUGCCCACGGCUUUAUAUUUGAAAGAUGAUCAGGGUGGGGGCGGCGACCAGACUUAUUUCACCCUGGAGGACGUCUUCAACAAUUCACUGAAACCAAGGUCCUACAGCAUGAGGUGGAUCUCAGAUUAUGAGUAUCUUCAGAAGACGGGGGACACAGUCCACCUCCACGAUGUGCUCACAAAUGCGUCCUCACCGUUCUUGACCGGCGACAAGUUUGAUGAAAAAAGCGCCUAUGAUUACCAGCUGUCUGCUGACCGCAGAUAUGUCGCAUUCAUGAGCAACCAUUCCAAGCUGUGGAGGCAUUCAUUUACAGCUAUAUAUUCACUUUAUGACCGGGAAUCAGGCAAAUUUCUCGACCCCUCUGACAUUCCUGAUGAAGUUCAGUACUUUGCCUGGGCUCCUCAAGGCAACAAACUGGCCUAUGUUUGGAAAAAUAAUGUGUAUGUGAAGAGCAGCCCUGAGUCGCCGCCACAGCAAGUCACUACCAAUGGCAAGGAGAAUGAGAUUUUAAACGGGAUCCCAGACUGGGUGUAUGAGGAGGAGAUGUUCUCAUCCAGUCAAGGCCUCUGGUGGUCGCCCGGGGGGAAGUACGUGGCUUACAUCGAGACCGACGACACUAAGGUCCACAUCAUAGAGUACACCUGGUACGGCGACAAGGAGUACCCCAGCACUGUUCACAUUCCCUAUCCGAAGCCAGGAACUCCAAACCCGACUGUGAAGCUGUUUGUUGUGGACACUGACAACACAACUCUAAUCACUGAGGUUGUCGUUCCAGACUCAUUCAGCUCGAGUGAACACUACCUGGCCACUGUCACUUGGGUGACAGAUAAUCGUAUUGCUGUCCAGUGGCUGAAGAGAGUACAACAACACCUCAUCGUUCAGAUCUACGAUUCCAGUGGAUCUAAAUGGGAACCUUUUCAGCAACAGGAGGUGAAUAGUCCCAGCGGUUGGGUUGGGCGGUUUGCUCCAUCAGAACCAGUUUUUGACACAGACGGCAGCAGCUACUACCUGCUGAUGAGCGACAGCGAACAGUACAAACACAUCCAUCAUGUGGCCGCGGAAAAAAUCACAGCAAUCACCUCUGGAAAAUGGGAAGUCAUUGACAUUCUGAAAGUAACUGCAGAUAGUGUAUAUUUCUCAAGUAAUGAAAUGGGUGGAAAGCCAGGAGGAAGGAAUGUGUUCAAGUGGACCAAAGAAGGAAAGACAAAGACGUGUCUGACUUGUGUGCCCCAUGGAGAAGACUGUCAGUAUAACUCGGCCUACUUCAGCCACAAUGCCUCCUUCUACCGGAUGAGCUGCAGUGGUCCUGGCAUUCCUCACUAUUCUCUCAGGGAUACCCUGAAUAAUAAAGAAGUAAAAGUUCUGGAGAAUAACAAUGAAUUCAAGAGACUGAUAUCUGACAUCCAGAUGCCCACCAUGCGUCGAGACACCAUCGUUAUUGAAGGAUUCACUCUCUGGUACCAGAUGUUUUUGCCUCCAGGAUUCGAUGAGUCCAAGAAGUACCCUUUACUAAUAGAUGUGUAUGCUGGUCCCUGCAGCCAGAAAGUAGACUACGUCUACAGGGUGAGCUGGUCCACGUACCUGGCCAGCACCGAGAAUAUCAUCGUCGCCAGCUUUGACGGAAGAGGAAGCGGUUACCAAGGCGACAAGUUAAUGCACGCAAUCUACAAACGUCUGGGAACCUAUGAGGUGGAAGAUCAGAUAACAGCAGCCAGGAAAUUCAUCGACAUGGGCUUUAUUGACAAAGACAGAGUUGCUAUUUGGGGCUGGUCUUAUGGUGGAUAUGUGACGUCAAUGGCCCUGGGAGCCGGGAGCGGAGUUUUCAAAUGUGGAAUGGCGGUCGCUCCAGUCUCCAAAUGGUUCUAUUACGAUUCCAUCUACACAGAGCGUUACAUGUUGGAGCCUUCAAGCAAUUACGGCUUCUACGCUAACUCAACAGUAACUGACAGGGCCAAGAAUUUCCACUCAGUCGAUUAUCUUCUGAUUCACGGGACAGCUGACGACAACGUGCAUUUCCAGCAGGCGGCCGAGAUCUCUGAAGCUCUGGUGGAGGAGCAGGUGGACUUUGAGGCCAUGUGGUACACAGACAAAGAUCACGGGCUCCCCGGCUCAGCCUAUCAGCACGUCUACACCCACAUGAGUCACUUCCUGCUGAGGUGUUUCGCAUGAAGUCCGCUGGAUCACCAAUAUCUCUUUUCAUCGCCUCAUGGGAAUCAAAAGAAAAUCUCAUUUGGCUGAAGACUUUAAUUGGAAACGUAGGCUUGAUGAUUAGAGCUCCACGUGGCAGGAAGACGUCCUGAGAGGAACCUUAACGCGUCGUAACGUCAUUCUGUCAGAAAACAGCAGCUCAUCUGGGAAUCAUGACCUCUUUGCUCGUAACACAUCUACAUGAAAAGUUGUUUGUUUCAGUAUUUCAUGAAACCUGAGCAGAAAACACAGAUGUAAUGAAGUGAAGGUUGAAAAUAUUCUGUCUGUACUUGUGCUACUUAGACGAGUCUUUACAGUGUUGUAUUAAAUUGUGCACAGAAACACAAUGAACCACAGUGAUUUUAUACAGUUUUAUUAAAUUUAUGGCAUUGUUGACUGUUUGGUGUAAUAACUGUUUUGUAAAACAAUAA